GUCGGCUGGACUACAAUUUGUUAGCGUCACGGCCAAUUGAUUCCGUUCCGGCUUCCGCACCGACAGCGAGGUGUCACGGCGAUUUUUGUUUGUCGUCUAUACAACACGCCCUGAAGUAAAAAUCGGGAAAGAAGAAGUAGUUCAAAAAAGUCUAGCGAGUAGAGAGAGGGGGAAACUCUUUUUCCCUUUCGGCCAAUUGCACCUGGCCCUCCCUCCCUGUAUAAAAGUACUCAAAAAGAGAAGCGUGAUCACGACAGAGCGUCAAUUUGGUCGUUGUAAGAAGCCGGAACACACCGUUAGUGCCAAACUGCCAAAAAGUCUUGACGUUUAAACUCCAUAAAACAUCAGAGAAAUGAAGAUGGUGUCCCGGUGGAUGAUGGCAGCUGUUACAAUUGGCUUUCUAUUCAAUGCCGUGGCCAGCAGUGAGAAACUAGAAAAAGAGCAUCGAGGGUUAGAGCCCAGCAGUGAGAUCAGACGUCCGUCCGGUAGAAUAAUCAACCGCAGUUAUCCGUCUAGAGGCUCUUUUUAUGAUGAGGGAUACGUUAAAUACGAUCCUUCCGGGCUCGGCUUUGAGAUUCAAAAGCCUCAACAUUUAUUUGACGCCUUCCAUCAAUCAGAUCCGUUCAAACCGUCAUCUUUCGAUUCCGAAAUCCCUUGGCCGGCCUAUCCGGAAUUGAAACCGAACCAUCACCGGGAGCUACCCAGAUAUGUUGAACCCCCCUAUUACCCUCCAAGCAACCGAAAGCCUUCUUACAAAGAAGAGAUUUUACAUCCUACCAAAGACGCCCAUCAGUACCCUGAAAUUCCCAUCAAAUACGAAGAGAAAUCUCCUUACAGCUGUCCGAAAAUCGCUGGGUACGAGUCGCAUUGUCAGCCGGCCAAAGAUUGCGCCGUUUGGUACGAUGUUGUCCUCACCACUCCUGGAACAGCUUGCAAACUGGCGUCCAAUGGAUACCCGGGAAUCUGUUGUCCUCAUCUUCCCUACAACAGUCGUGGAGUGGCCAUCAAAUUAGUGAAGAAAAACGUCAAGAUAGAGAGACCUUGCAUUGACAGUUACUCUGUGAACUCAGCCGCUCACGCUGGCCAGUUCCAGUUGAGAUUAAUGGACGAAAUGGAGAAGAAUCUCCUCGUUCACAACGUCACCGUCCGUCCGAGAUCGUCGAGUUACACUCAUUUGCAAUUCUUUCAGAAGGCAACAGAGUCUCAAGAUCUUAGUCGUGGAGCCCUGGCUGCUAUAGAAACCACCAGAGAACUCGCCAAAAGAUUCGGAUUGACUCCGGAUGAGGCUAGUGUGGGUUUAUCCAAAUUCUACUUAAAGGACACAAUUUUAUCAAAAACCUGCCCUCUCGUUCCAGUCUGUGAUGAGCGGACCCUUCGCUCGCCCUUCCGGAAGCUGGAUGGAUCGUGUAACAACUUGAAGCGCACCUUCUGGGGCCAGUCCCGAACUCCAUUUCAGAGGGCCAUUGUCCCAGAUUACGCUGAUGGUGUUUGGCUGCCGAGAAGAGCUCAAAAUAAUGGCGAACUUCCGAGCGCCCGAUUGGUGUCCGUUUCCGUCGUUUUGGAUAAAGACGCUCCCACCGCUACGGAAACUCACUGGGUCAUGCAAUACGGACAGUUUAUCAACCACGACAUGUCCUUAACUAACCUCUUCCGAACGAAAUCCUCGGCGGCCAUCCAGUGCUGCACGGAAGACGGGAAAUUAUUGACCAACCCCGAUCUAAUCCAUCCGCAAUGUCUGCCCAUUAAGAUCCCGAACGACGAUCCGUUUUUCUCCAAAUUCGGCCAGCUUUGCAUGAACUUUGUCCGCUCCACUCCGGCACCCAGAAGUGACUGCAGCUUGGGUUACGGUGAGCAGAUGAAUGGCAACACCCACUUUUUGGAUCAAUCCAACGUUUACGGGUCUGACGAUACGGCGGCCGCCGAGUUGCGGACGUUCGUGAAAGGCGGCCUGAAAGUGAACCAACAACAGAACCAUCACUUGGAUUUGCUCCCACCAGACAAUAACACGGAAACUAACUGCACCUUAUCGAAACCAGUUUCCGCAGUAGCUGUACCAGUUAAAGUCAAAUGCUUCAAAGCAGGCGAUCCUCGUCCAAAUCAGACGCCCAAUUUGGCCGUCACUCACACGAUUUUCUUGCGUGAACACAACAGACUGGCGGCGGCGCUGGCCUAUUUGAAUCCAAAAUGGGAAGACGAGCGUCUUUACCAAGUUUCCAGGCGCAUUCUGAUCGCUCAAAUGCAGCACAUCACCUACAACGAAUGGCUGCCCAUCGUAAUUGGCAGAGCCAAAAUGCAGCAACUUGGAUUGUUGCCACUUCAAAGCGGUUUUAGUGACGACUACGACCAACAUUUAAAUCCGAGCAUUUUGAACGAAUUUUCGGCCGCCGCUUUUCGCUUCGGGCACUCGAUGGUUCAGGGCAAACACGAUCUAACUAAUCUGCGGAGGAAGAAGGAAGUGCAGAUACUCUUACGUCAGCACUUUAGUAAAAUGCAAACAGUUUACACGCCAGGAAAUCUUGAAAAGUUUCUUAUCGGAUUGGCUACUCAGCCCAGUCAGAAUUUCGACAAUUAUUUCACCGAAGAGAUUACCAAUCAUUUGUUUGAAGAAGCCGGCAAGGGAUUCGGUUUGGAUUUAGUAUCCCUAAAUAUUCAACGCGGUCGUGAAAGAGGUAUUCCUGGUUACAAUGCUUUCCGUACUCUAUGUGGUCUACAACCUGCAAAAGAUUUCAGCGACCUGAAAAAUUUUAUUCCUGACGUGAUUGCUGAACGAUUCGAGCUACUUUACGAUUCAGUGGACGAUAUUGAUUUCUUCAUCGCCGGCAUUUCCGAGAGGAAAGUGAAAGGUGCCACGAUGGGCCCGACUUUCCAGUGUAUUGUAGCCGAUCAGUUUUUGAGACUGAAACGAGGUGAUCGCUUCUUCUACGAUCUGGCUGAGCAGACCGGCUCGUUCUCCGAAGAACAAUUGAACGAAAUUCGCAAAACCAGUUUCGCCCGACUUAUUUGCGACAACAGCAACGUAUUGCACUCGCAGCCCUUAAUCUUUAAAACGGAAUCCGCCAUAAAUCCGGUCGUGAGUUGCGAAUCUCCGUCUAUUCCGCGCGUAAGUCUUCUCCCGUGGCAAGAGAAAUUUGAGAAACCUUACUAAAAAAACAAAGUGCCUUAUUAGAAAAUGUCGCUGGACAUUAUUUUAAAAGAAUUUAUCUGCAUAAUUCGUUUUGAGUGAGAUCUGAGAUCACAUUAAAUUUUUAAAAAUUCUAAUUUUGUUGUAAAGCUUGAAUUUAAGAAAAUUUUACUUUGAAUUCCGGGAUCUUUUUAGUAUAGUUGUGUAUUGAAUACCAUGCCUUCCGGCUACAAAGUGCUAUAAAAUACUAAACGUUUGA